AUUUUAGAUUUGGUUAUACUUUAGAAGAAUUUAUGAAACUCGCUCCUAUACAAAAGGGAAAUAUUUUUCAAUUUUUUGUAUACAAUCUUUUGACUAAUAAUGAUAUUUUAUGUUGGAUUUAUUCAACAUCUAUUUAUUGCGGAGAUAAAAAUUGGGAAAAAAUAUCUGAUGGAAAUAUUGAUUUAAUGGUUGUCUAUGGUCAUACGAAGGAAUUGCCUAAUGUAAAUAUUGAUAAUUGCGAAGAAGCAUCUGAUAUUUAUUUUUUAUUUUUAGGUUGUUAUUUAACUCUUAAUUAUAUGGCUCAAUUAAAAUGGAAAAAAGAUGGAUCAUAUUUAAAAGUAAAAGAAAUGCGUGAAUUUAUAAGUACUGUUCAUUCAAGACCUAAAAAUGAACUCUGUCUUUUAAUUACUACUGCUACUUUAUCAAAAAAUGCAGAAAAUGAAAUUGUAAAUUUUGAUGAAAAAGAUCAUGUUAUUAUAUGUGAUUAUACUGAAACAAGCUGA